UAGAGAGUCACUUGAAUCUAGACUGUGUGAAAGACAAAAGAUAAGAAACGAUAAGAAAGUUGACUAAAAUUUAGAGUUAUAGAAGUGUAUAUGCAUAAUAUUUAAAGCUGUAAAAUGCUAAUGAACUGGACUAUAAGAGUGGCUUUUUGCACCCGAUUUGCACUCAUUGUUGUAGGUGGUCAUUUAGACAGUGGGGAUUCUAAUGACAUCCUGCACGAGUUUUCAAGACGAUUUGAAGACCUUGAAAGAAAAGUGGCCGAGCAAAGUGCGUUGAUUGCUAGACAAACUGAGCAAUUGCGGGAACAAUCUGAAGCCAUGACCAAUCUGAAGAAUAUUGUUGAAGUGCAAGACGAUACGAUAACAGAACUCAAACAUCUUGUUGAAAUGCAGCAACAACAGCAGCAGCAACAGCACAUAGCAGAAGCAACAAGGAUCGCAUCAACAGUUGCAUAG